UUAUAAAUGCAUUGUCCGGCUCUUUCCCACAAGUCUGCGGUUCGCUCGCCGUGCCUGUAGAGUUAACGCUCCUACUCGUCUCUGUAAAACUUUAGCAUCCAUAAUGAGGGAGAUCGUGCACAUCCAGGCCGGUCAGUGCGGUAACCAGAUCGGAGCUAAGUUCUGGGAAGUGAUCAGCGAUGAGCAUGGCAUCGAUCCCACAGGGACUUACCACGGAGACAGUGACCUGCAGCUGGACAGGAUCAGUGUCUACUACAACGAGGCUACAGGAGCUAAAUAUGUUCCUCGUGCCAUUCUUGUGGACUUGGAGCCUGGCACCAUGGACUCAGUGAGGUCGGGACCCUUUGGGCAGAUCUUCAGACCUGACAAUUUUGUCUUUGGCCAGAGCGGUGCUGGAAACAACUGGGCCAAGGGUCACUACACAGAGGGAGCUGAGUUGGUGGACUCCGUCCUGGAUGUGGUCCGCAAAGAGUCUGAGAGCUGUGACUGCCUGCAGGGCUUCCAGCUCACCCACUCGCUUGGUGGGGGAACUGGAUCUGGUAUGGGAACCCUCCUCAUCAGCAAGAUCCGUGAGGAGUACCCCGACCGCAUCAUGAACACAUUCAGUGUGGUGCCUUCCCCCAAGGUAUCAGACACAGUGGUGGAGCCUUACAAUGCCACCCUGUCAGUCCAUCAGCUUGUAGAGAACACAGAUGAAACCUACUGUAUUGACAAUGAAGCCUUGUAUGACAUCUGCUUCCGCACCCUGAAACUUACUACACCCACCUACGGAGACCUUAACCACCUGGUGUCAGCCACCAUGAGUGGAGUCACCACCUGCCUGCGCUUCCCCGGGCAGCUCAAUGCUGAUCUCCGCAAACUGGCUGUCAACAUGGUGCCUUUCCCCCGUCUGCACUUCUUCAUGCCUGGCUUCGCUCCCCUGACAAGCAGAGGAAGCCAGCAGUACCGCGCCCUCACAGUCCCUGAGCUCACCCAGCAGGUGUUCGACGCAAAGAACAUGAUGGCUGCCUGUGACCCACGUCAUGGCCGCUAUCUGACUGUGGCCGCUGUAUUCCGUGGCCGCAUGUCCAUGAAGGAAGUUGAUGAGCAGAUGCUCAACGUGCAAAACAAAAAUAGCAGCUACUUUGUUGAAUGGAUCCCAAACAAUGUUAAGACCGCUGUCUGUGACAUCCCACCCCGUGGCCUCAAGAUGGCCGUCACUUUUAUCGGCAACAGCACAGCCAUCCAGGAGCUGUUCAAGCGCAUUUCUGAGCAGUUCACUGCCAUGUUCCGCCGUAAGGCUUUCCUGCAUUGGUACACAGGUGAAGGUAUGGAUGAGAUGGAGUUCACUGAGGCAGAGAGCAACAUGAAUGACCUGGUGUCUGAGUACCAGCAGUACCAGGAUGCCACCGCUGAAGAGGAGGGAGAAUUUGAGGAGGAGGCUGAAGAUGACGCCUAAAGAUAAAAAUGUGAAGGUCAAUUCUUCAAUAUCAAAACAGGAAAUAAUCAAGGAAUAACCACAGAAGUAACCAUGGAGCAAACGUAGUGUCCGGAGCAUUGCUAGAGUCAAACUUUAGAAUACAUUAGAUAUUGCUAGUGUUUCACUGCCAAUAAAGUUGUGAAAUGAAAAUAA